AUGACAAUGAUGAAGAUGUCGAAGAAGAAAUCAUCAAAUGGUAAUGAUGAUGAUAUCGGUCGACCAAGACCAACACAUAGAGCGUGGAAGCUGCUGCGUCUGGCAUUGCUUUGGGCAAGAAAAGGCGAUGUUUUCAGGCGACACCUCAUGAUGGAACUGCGCGUCGUCCCCAAGUUGCUCAAGAGUAGCCUCGCCCACAUGCUUAUGCAGCAGCAACAGCAGCAGCAGUAUUACUUUGAGAGGCAGCUUUCGUUCGACAAGACCCCCAUUUUCCCCACCCUCAAAACGAAAACCAGCUGCUCCCGCUCCUCCUCCAUGCGCUUCAUCAACAUCCCUUGCUUAAACCCACCAUUAGUACUUGAUUAUUUUGAUGAUGAUCAAGUCGACAUGAUCAUCAAUAACCAUGAAGAUCAAUCAGAGGAUCGCCGCAACUGCUACUAUGAUGAUGAUGAGGAUGAUGAUAGUACUGCAAGGCAGAGCGUUCUUAUCAAAUGCGAUGAGGAUGAUGAUGGCCGUGAUAUUAUUCAGGAUGAUGAGGAAAAAAAGGUUUCUCUUUCUCCAGCAUCAGCUUCUAAUAAUAAUAAUUUGUACGAGGAGGAAGAGGAGGAGUUGGAGGAAUCGGUUGAUAUAAAGGCAGAUGAGUUCAUAGCUAAGUUUUACCAGCAAAUGAAGCUCCAAAGACAGAUUUCAUACCUACACUACACUCAGAACCUCACAUGUUAA